CCUCGACGCGUCCCCCAGCGCCCCCAAAGACCCCGCCUGCUCUCCAGCCUCCCUCUUCCACCCACCACAUCCACCAGCCAUGGCCGAACAGGAUCGCUACAACGCCCACUUCACCAUCCAGCGCGACAGCCCGCUCAGCGUCGCAACCAGCGUCGCAACCACCGUCGGCAUCUUCAAGUCCACCAUCCUCCCCUCCUUCGGCUUCCACACCGGCCUCUCCCUCGUCGCGUACGGUGUCUCCCGCUACGCCGACCGCGCUGACGGCAAGGACUGGCUCUGGCCCGCCAGCCCCGUCGCCAACGCCUGGUGGAGCGCCCUCGGCACGCGCGUCGUCUACGACGGGCUCUCGCUCCCCGCCGCCUGGGCCCAGCUCACCUACUCCGAGAAGCUCCUCCUCGCCGGCGUGACCACCUGGGGCCUCCGCCUCUUCUACCGCAUCGCGUCGCGCUCGCUCCGCCGCGGCGCCGACGACCCGCGCUACGCCGCGGACAAGCGCGACCCCGCCUUCUGGAGCAGGGCCUUCCUCGCCCAGUUCCUCCCCGAGGCCGCGGUCCAGACGCUCAUCACCCUCCCGUUCACCCUCCCGUUCCGCGCGGGCCUCGCCCGCGCGCCGCUCCCGACGUACGCGAAGCUCGCGCACGCCGCCGCCGUCUUCCUCUUCUCGUCCGGGUACGCGCUCGAGGUGCUCGCGGACGCGCAGCUCGAGACCCACAAGCGGCGCACGGGCGACAUGGUCCUCAACCGCGACGGCGUGUGGAGCAUCGUCCGGCACCCCAACUACCUCGGCGACGCGCUCGUGCACUUGUCCUUCCCCGUGCUCCUGUGGAGCGCAGGCCUGCUGCACCCGCUCGCGCUCCUCGGCCCGCUCGCGAACUACGGCUUCCUGCGCGUGCUCGGCGGCGACCGCGACACGGAGCGCUUCCAGGAGGAGACGUACAAGGCCGACCCGAUCAAGCACGAGCAGUUCUCCCAGUACCGCCGCGAGAAGAACAGCUUCUGGCCGAGCGUCACGGAGCUCGUCAACCGCUGGACGUGGGCCGUCGUCGCGAUCGGCGCGGGCGGCGUUGUGCUCGAGAGGGGCAUGCGGAGGUUGUUGUGAUAGCGUGGUGAGUGGGGUGACGGAUAUGGACAAACAAGCAGAGUGUACGGAUUUGGACAAGCAAGCAGAAUGUGCGGAUACUGUAUCGAUGUAUUAGAAACCAAUGUGGUCCAUCAAUGAGUGGUGCGACGCGUUCGCAGGCGGCGAGAAAUCUGAGUUGUACCAUGCCGUAGUUGACACGGUGUUUGAGUGCACAGUCUGAAAUGAGUUAGAGCCUAAGGAUCCAUGCGCGUCUCGAUAUCCAGUGCCAUACUACUUGCGAGGAUCGCGUACUGCAGGAUGAGAGUCAGUUGGCUCCACAAUAUGCAUAUGGGGAAGUGUAGGAUGUACAAGCAUACAGCUGAUCGGAUGGAAAUGGCGGCG